AUGGAUCGAUUCGAUGUUGUCUUUCGUGCUAAUCCACGUCAAGCUGAUCUAAUGAUUGUUGCUGGUACACUCAUCAAUAAAAUGGCUCCAGAUAAUUUAUUCCGAAAUUUUAUUCUGGCUAUUCGACGACUUUACGAGCAAAUGCCUCAUCCUAAAUGGGUUAUUUCGAUGGGUUCAUGUGCUAAUGGUGGUGGUUAUGAUCAUUAUUCAUAUGCUGUAAUAUGCGGAUGUGAUCGUACUAUACCAAUGGAUAUUUAUGUGCCUGGUUGUUCUCCAAGCGCAGAAGCAUUAUUCUAUGGUGUUUUACAAUUACAGCGAAAGAUUAAACGAUAUGAUACAUUACAAAAAUGCUAUCGAAAAUGA